AUGAAAUAUGAGAUUCGUUGUACAUAUCAGCUUUUUUGCGAGAGGCGAACGCCGCAACAGGCGAGCGGCGGUAGUCCGGGCCUCCCCCAUAUGUUAGCCAUGGACGUCACCAAGGAGGCGCGCGCGUCACCCUUGCCGGCGUCUGCGCAGCAACCGUCAGCGUCCUCGGCGCAACCACCACAACCUCAGAUAUGCGCUGGAUGCAGUAAAGUAAUAACGGAGCGGUACCUUCUGAAGGCUCUGGACCAGCUAUGGCAUGAGGAUUGUCUUAAAUGUGGCUGCUGCGACUGUCGCCUCGGUGAGGUUGGCCACACGCUCUACACUCGAGCUAAUCUCAUAUUGUGCAAACGAGAUUAUUUGAGAUUUUGCGUAGGCGAUCGUUUCUACCUUUGCGAAAAUAAGAUACUCUGCGAAUAUGAUUACGAGGAGCGGCUCGUCUUCGCUAACAUGGCUUACAACCCUCCGCCGCUUGCGCACUUGAAACGGCAGACUACCCAUCUACCUCCACCACCGACGAGCAACGCGAUGGGCGCCAUGAUAAAUGGUUCAAGUCGUGCUGGCGAUUUGAACAACAAUAUGUCAGGUGCAUCGCCGGCCCCGUUUGCACCGCCUCCGCACCUCAAGCCCCUUGGCCUGUCCGCGUCCAGCUGAGACUACCGCGUCUGAGAUUCGGCCCAUCCGUACGCAAAGUACCAAAACUAGACGCGUGUGCUAUGCCGUGGACGCUUACAGUGACGGUAGUGUAGGAGACACGAUACGCUAACUCGGAUUAUACGUGGACUUAUCGGACAUGCUACUUGCUAAGUGUAGUUAAUAAAUGCAAAGUAAAUGCCAAACUGUAGUUAGUUCACAUUGAUUGUUAUUAUACGUAAUAUAGUUAAUCCACGUGUUCUGAUUCAUUUUAAGACAACUUAUAUAGGAAUUUGUGGUUCGCAUUCAGACUUGUUUAACACGAACUGUUGACUUGUUACACUGGUUUGUCUGCAUUUAUUAUAUUAGUUUCAUAGACCUUAUAAUUUGAUCUCAGACAGGAAAUUUGAUAAUAUAAGAGUAAAGGUGUGACGAUUGCUACCUAGUAAUAUAAUAUUACUGGUUGAUUGAUACAGAUAGAAGGUCGAAAGUGUAUCUAUUAAUUCGAUAAUGAAAUAGGUCUUUGGCUCUUUGCACGUGAAUAUAAACUCACUCUCGUUCACUGUUUUUAAAGUGCGCGUUAAGGUAAAUUCACAUUGUAAAGACAGUAUCGGGCUCGAUAAUGGAGUCCUAUGCUAGCGGGUUAUAAGACUGGUUGUAGUUUCUCAUUCGCAAUAUCAGACUCCAAUAGGAGUGUAUUAUUAAAAACAAAAGAACAUGGAUGUUAUUGUACAUAUGAAUUUUGAAUUAAAUCUAGUUGUAGUACAAGGCGAUUCUUAUUAAAUUUAAGAAAUGUCACUUUAAAUAUAUUUCCCAAAAUAAAAUUUGGAUUUUAGUUACAAAGGUCAUUGAAAGAUUAAAAUAUAUUUUUAGUGACGAGAUUUGAUGGAAUAGAAUGAUAUUCUUUCAUGUUAAUUAUUAUUUGGCUUAGCCGAUUUGGAGAAUUAAGUACCUAUUUUCAGAAUUCUCUCUUUGUUAUUUGGUUUUGAACUUAUGAUGUAUAUUUAUUGUUAAGUUUACUGUAAACAUUGUUGUAAUGUUUUGUAUUAUUUAUGUAAAUAAAAUUCUCUCUGUAAGUAGAAUAUUUGUAACUAAUAAAUAUCAGUGUAUUUGAUUCAAAUAGUAAAAUGUGAAUAUACUUAAGUAUUUCCUAAAGUAUAUGACUCGGAAUAGUUCAAACUACAUAGUUUCUUGUACGAUUUUAAUUGAUUUUCUAUAAUUUGAAAUAGUUACAGUUUCCAACUAUUUAUUGACACGCCUUGUCCCUAUAUUUGAUUAAUAUUUGAACGUGUUAAGAAAAUUUCAAUAAAAAUGAUAGGUACUAUAUGUACUUUAUACGCCACGACUUUCUUUCGUUUAUUAAAAUAAUUAAAACACUUUUCUAUUUGGGAACUGUACUUUGUAUCAAUGAGACCUCUUAUUUUCAUUUUGUAAUAUUUAUCAGAAUAGUUCAAUUCACAUUUAAGAAAAAACAGUGCAAUGUUAUAGAAAAUGAGCAGCUAAUACAAAACAGAGGACUACCUACUAUCGUUAAAUAAAACCACUAUCUAUAUUUUAAGAAUUCAAUUAACAUGGUCAUGAUGUAAUAGUAUGGAUUCAUCUUUUUAUUUGUACGAAUAAGAAAAAAAGAAUAAUGUCUAUGUUUUCAACUUUAUAUAAUUAUCUAAUGUGGUACGAUUUUAAUACACAGUCUUACUAUUUAGAAAAAAAUCAGCAAUUCUCUUCUAUCGAAAAACAUUCUCGAAAUCCUCAUCGAGUGCAGUGCUAGCACUCUAUGGGGCUUCAAUUAAAUAAAAACUUAAUUACCUUAUGAAAUAGGUUUUAUUUGAUUAAACUUCUAUUAAACUAACGAAGCACUAUCGUAGCAUACUACGAGUGACAGCGUUAACCACGAAUAAAACCUUUAUUAUCCUUUAAAGUCCUUUUAAAGUUUAUUACAGAAUACCAAAAAUAAACGGUAUAAAAUAACGUUUUUUAGAAAUUAAUAAAGUUUAUUUAAAGUAAUAAAAAUUUGUAUGAUAUGAAUGUGGUCCUCAUUAUACUUUAAAUCUUAUUGUUUUUUUUAAUCCAUUUAUGAUGUUAUUUCAAAUCGAAAAUAUUAUCAAUUGUCAUUUUUAUGUAUUUUUAUCUUACAUCCUUAUGUGCACAACUGUAGUAAAUACACAUUUAUGUAGAAUAAAAUAAAUGUGUCUGGUUCUUUUCAAACCAAUGAUAACGACCAAAGAUGUAGCUCAUUAAAGCCUUAUCCAAAACUAAAAUGAAUUUUAUUUCUGCAUCCUUGAAUUGUAUUUUUUAAGUAAUAAUUACAGAUGAUAUCGCUGAUACCAUCUGUAAGAGAGAGCUAAAAAAAUAAAGUCCAGAUUAAAAUGAUAACAUAUCGUAAUUUAUAAGCACUUACAAAUAAAUCAAUAAUUCAUAAGGUUUUAAGAAGAGGUAAUUUCCAAGGUAAAUUUAAACACUAAGUUUUAGGAGACGGUACUCCCAUAGAACGACUUUAAAUUUAUUCUUGGCAUUGGAUAUUAUUUGAUACGUGAACUUCUAAAAUCUUUUAUGGUCUGAAUAUGUAAUUAUAAAAAAACUUACCACGUUUAUUUAUAAUUUCAUAUGGUAGAAAACAUUUUUAAACCACAUAAAAAAUAUACAACUGAAUUAAAACUACUGAAUCGUUAGGAGUACGCAUUUUCACGAACCGUUCACCUACGCCUAAACAACGCUAGGUUAUAAAACUUCAAUAAUAGAAAACAUUGAUCAAAUUAAUAACAAAAUGGUAAACGUAAUUUGUUUUGAGUGUAAUUUAUUUUUGCAAAAAUAUUAAAUCAAUCACUGCCAGAUAGCCAUAAUAAAUUCUACUCGCAUAAUACGUCUCAAAUACGAGACAUUGAUUCGUCUGUUCAGCUUAUAUGUUAAAUUGUGUCUCUAAAUUAUAUUUUUACUGAUAUUUAUGAUUUAUAUUUUAUUAGACGACUUGAUUAACGUAGUCGCAAUAAAACACCAUCUCGAUAACUUUUACACUUCCCAUAAUCACAGUAGUAUCAAAAUAUGUCAGAUAAUUGUUGUUUAUGUGGUGUUACACUUAUAUACUUAAUAACAAUUACACUUAAUUUUAAAAUUGAGUAGCAUCUGUGAUCAUCCGGUGAUGACAUAAUCAUCAUCACUUCAGCCGAGAGACGCCCACUGCUGGGCAUAGGCCUCCCCCAAAGAUCUCCAAUGUCCUGUGCCUCCCGCAUCCAGCGGCUUCCCGCGACCUUCACUAGAUCGUCGGUCCACCUUGUGGGUGGCCUGCCAAGAAGACGAUUUUCAAUACUUCUCUAUGGACUGUUAAAAGUAAUUGC